AUGGCAUCCUCGAAGCGCAAGUUUGACGACGGCGACUCCGACGGGGAGGUUACACAAGUAGCGAAACCGCCCAGAUUCACUGCACAAAAAGCGACAGCCGAACUGCAAGAAGAUCGGGGUAACUAUGAAAGUAUGGCUUCUCAGCGCCCUAAGCGAGAAAGGAAACGCCCAGAAAGGUUCGCCGAUCAAUUAUAUCAACCUGUUUUCAAGAAGAAAGAGACGCCAAAACGAGUCACGAAACCGCUGAUAAAACCUCCUUCGAAACGAUCGUUAGCUACGAAGAAUUCUACAAGCCGGCGAUCGUGGAUUGAGCCUCAUGCGGUAACUGAUACUGUCGUUAACAUCGUCGAUGACUCGCCGGGACUACCAGGAAGGCUGUCCAAGAUAGUCCGCCUUAAGAUUUCGCUUACAGGCUCGACGCUCGCUAUACCUACAAAUCAACCGAGGCAACAAUAUAGCGACGAGUCCGAGAGUGAGCUGUCGUCCCCACCAGCAUCGUUGCCCUCGAGUCCUGUCUUUGCCUACAAGAAUAUACAGAACUCGCCUCCGCUGGACAGACGAGGCCAAUGUGCUCGGCGUAUACCAGAACCUGUACCUGCAUCUAGUCAAGAUGUUGCAACCCCAUCUACUGCACCAGAAAACCCUCUCACUAGCCAAGCGACUGUAUCACAACAUCGUGAGCCGAAGACACCCAAAGAAAGUAUCCGUGGUAUCCCAGCGUUUGCCCAUCAUACGCAAACUCAAUCUUCGCCGCGUUCGCCCGAGAUCCACGAUCGCUUUACCUACCUGACACCCGACUCGGCAUUCUACCGCGACGCGAAUACUGUAUACAGCAAGUUGGACGUUGAGCUUGAAGAUGGCCAAGUGCACAACCAGAUUGAACCGUCAUGUCGUGAUAACACCGAGCCACUUCCGAGUUUGUAUGCGGCAUCGGAAGCAACAACGGAGUGCGAAGAAUUGAGUGGUCCUCUCGUUGGAGAACAAGUCUAUACACCCGACACCGACUACCUCCGUGAUAUAACCGAGCGACUCCUUGUCCAACAGAACAAAGGUCCAAACAAGCCAGAGCCACACGGACAACCGGAAGUAUGGGCAGAUGGACGACAAGAGCUUUGCGAGACACUACAUUACUAUCGCGCAUACCAAAGUGCCUGCUAUUCUACCGGUGGCUUCGCGAGAGGCUUUAUGAUCGACAAGGUUGCGCAUAGCCGAGACUACAUGGACAGUAAUGUUGUUAUUUCAAGAGCAGGUGGUGGUCUCAUGAAAGACAUAGACUCUGGUGAGAUGAAGUCGAAAAGGGAUCAAUCAGAAGAUUCUGCUGCUUUGGGAUUGAGGAAUUGCAUGAUUCAUCGCAACUCAGUCGUCAUUAUUACUGGAGUUGAUAACCCAAAUAUCCCAUCAAAGCCACCGCACCAGUACUGUGUUCUGGAUCAUUUCAAACCUACUCACGUCUGGGCUGAAAGGAGUGGUGACAGCAAGAUUGUGCGAUACCGAUUCGAGAAGUUGAACACGAAGAAAGAGUCCUGGUGGCGCGCGAAGGAUGUACACGAAGUGAUGGAGCUCGGCUCGCUGCCAUCUCCAGUCGAGAAGCCAGCAUGCACCGCCUUUUGGAAGAUUCGCACUAACACAGCCGAACCUGGAAAGGGUACGCCAGCGCAGGAGCCCAAAGAAGAGUCCUUGGUCUACGAUCCGCGCUUCCUCAAGCAGAAGACACCUUGGUACAAUGAUGAUCAUGGCUACCCUCUGGCAUCCAAUGCUGCUGAAUUGUCUAAAUACGCUGUUCCAGGUGAGAAUACAUCAGUCGCAUUUUGGUCUGGCAUGGUCUGCCCGGACUGUGGACGCUGCACAUCCCGUUUGAACUGGACAAACUGGGAGUGCUCCAAUACCGCAUGUCAAUAUACAAGAACACCUUCACAUACGCUCAUUCCCGCGGUCUCCCUUCGUGACCCACUCUGGCCGAUCACUAGUAGCUACACGUUAUCUAGAGAUACGAUGUCACCUAUGCUUAAGUUAGAAGUGUCCUUUGAGCAUGGGUAUCGCAUCAAUCGUUACGAGAUACCUGGAGUAGACGGUUUCAUAACGCAUAUGGUUGCUAACAAGACUGUUCUUGAAGAAGAUGGCGGACCAGACGCGAUGUUUGAGGAACUCCAACAAACAGAUAUUGGGCUACAGCGUCGACCAAUGCCUAAUGGCCAGCUGAAGGGACCUAACUAUUGCCGCCAUUUCGCUGUCAACUAUGGAAUGCCGUACAAGUUCAUCGCAGCUACGGCAUCUCACCCCUUUGAUGGAGCAGCCCGUCCAAUCAAAAGCACCCGUAGUCGAUUGAACUGGGCCGCUAAACUGCUCCUAACAGAGAAGAAUGGCAAGAGCAUGGACAACGUUCGCCAAGAAUGGCAAGAGAAGGAGUUCAAUGAGGUCCUAGCAUUAGGAUACUUCGAAGAGCAGAAGAUCAAUUACCAUGACGAUGGCGAGUUUGGUCUCGGCCCGACUAUUGCGACAUUGAGUUUGGGGGCACCGGGGACAAUGCGGAUCCGAAUGAAAGCACGUCACUAUCAUGGCGUGUCUUCUGUCGCAGGGUUGUACGAUGACGCUGCUCCAAUCCUAGGGUGCCAACAAUACGAGGCUCGUCUCGCGCUACAACCUGCUCUUGACGUUCUCAAAAGAUCAGACACCAAGGCAUGGAAUGCGAGGAGGAAGCAGAUUCCCAAGCAAUUGGGGCUCACUCACAGAGGCACUGCGAGAGAUGUGCUGACCAUGCAGCUCGGACACGGCGAUAUCGUCGUCAUGCAUGGUGCGGAUGUACAGAAAUACUAUGAGCAUGCUGUUGAACAUACGGGUAAGCUGCGGUUUGCGCUUACAUGCCGGUACAUUGAUCCCGAGUCGCUGAAGCCCGAGGACCAACCGAAGUACGCGGUUGAACCCGAUGCAGAAGGAUACGAUGGGUCAGGAUUGAUGUGA